CGGCGGCCGCAUUUUGAGGUUAUGUUUGUUUGUUUACGAUAAUUAUUACAUUAUUUUAUCAAGACAUAUUUAUGCAAGACUACUGAAUAUGGAUACGACAUGCAAAUACUGCAACUUACCAGAAAAUAAACAAGACAACCCCGGUUUGAUUUGCCAGACAUGUAUUUGUUUUGUACACUUGAGCUGCUUACGGAGGCCCGGCACCCCUGGAGACUUCGCUUGCGAUGUCUUCUUUCACUACACUUGCGAAGAGUGCUCGCCUAGUAAAAAGGAACUUUUCUAUCGAAAUAAGUUCCCAUGGGUCAAUGUAAUUCUACUCACUUUGCACCAUCUGAACACCCAAUCUUAUGGUAUUAGUAACAAUGGAUUCUUUCACUAUAAAACUCACAUUUGCUCAUUUAUUGAUAGAUCUUGGAACCAACUUUUUGGACAGCAAACGAAGCAAAAAAAGAAUUGGGUUGGCACAAUUGCAGGAGUGUUAUCUGUGUACAACAACUUAGUGUUCUGUUCGGGAUCGAUGGUGCUUGGAGAAACAGGCUGGUGGAAAUUAUUGCAUGGUUUUUCACCCGCUGUUGGUGCUCACAUUAUUCAAGAAUUGGCUAGGGAAAAACCCAAAGGGAGACCACGAAAUCAGCUGGCGCUGGACAAGGUCCAUUUCAUUGGAAAAGUUACAGAAAUGGGUUAUCUUCAUUUGAUCAAUAUGGAUGAGGAGGCUACCCACACAGCUCCGGCAGCUAAAAAGAGGCGUUUAGAACACAACUCUUUCAGCAGUACCAACUCCUUUAGCGACCAGUUCGACUUAGACAGCAGAAACCAGAUGAACGAGUUCACCUUCGAAAUGGUACCCCAAGCGGUGGAAGGCACCCAGUCCGACCCUGAAGGCGUUUUCCGAGGAUUCGAUUUCAUUUCCAACGCACCGCCAUUCCACAGCGAUUCUUCAAGCGCGAAUUCCGUCCACCAAAUCACUUACUACGACUCCGAUUCGCACAGCGUCUCCUCAAACCAUCAGCAAGAAACACAACAUGAAAUCCAAGCCGAGGUUAAACCGAAAAAAACCGUAGAAGAAAACCCUUUCGUGAAACGCGAAUCACUAUUUUCGGACGAGUUAAACUCCGUCGAUUUACCGUGGAUGGAGAAAAAGUCGAACGCGUGUGACAAAGAUUUGGUUGAAAUGACGCAAUACGAAGAGAUACAACUGUUGAAGCAAGUGGAAGGUCUCAUACCAAAAGUGAGGGAUCCCAACAAGAAAGCGUACUUGUGCAGACUGAAAGCGAAGCUUGCGUUGAGGCGGCUGAAGAGACAUAAACAUCUGCCGAUAUUUGAUCUGGACAAGGCUGUGAAAGUGCUAGGCGGCUUCAUGACAGGCGAUCCGAAGGAGAAGUUGAACGCUGAAAGAGUUCUGGACAGAUUUCAGAGAUCGUACUUGGCUGACAACUUAUGCGGUACAAUAGCGAGUUCCAACUACGGUACGGUGUUGUUGCCGCGCAUCGAACCCGAGCCGUUCCGCUCCCCUUACUCGGGGACGCUGCUCAAACCUUACAUACGUAUGGAUACGGAAUCUAUGCCGCUUUGGCUACGGCUCCGGGAUGAAUUGUUAAGGAAGACACAUAAGUACAUAGCCGGGUACAAUCCGCCAGGGCGCGGCGCCUUGCAGUACUGCUACGUGAGACCGCAACACAUGCCGGCCAUCAACAAUCUCUGCGCUCAGUACUUUUGGCCCGGUAUUGACUUGACGGAAGCGUUACAGUACCCGGAAUUCAGCUGUGUGGUGACGUACAGGCGGUUGAUAGUGGGCUGCGCAUUCUUGGUGCCCGACGCGGGGUCCAAUGAGGCUUACAUCUCGUUCGUGCUCACGCGGCCCGAGUGGCGGCGGGCUGGCAUCGCCACUUUUAUGCUAUACCAUUUAUUACAGACAUGUUCAGGGAAAGAUGUUACGCUUCAUGUAUCACCAACAAACCCAGCCAUAUUUUUGUAUCAGAAAUUUGGAUUCAAGGUUGAAGAGCUUAUUCAAGAUUUCUACGAGAAAUACUACGAUAUCGACUACAAAGGAUGUCGCCACGCACUGCUACUGCGACUAAUAAGAUGAUUAAAUAUAAAUAUAACUGGCAUUCUAUCUUUUAUUGAAAAAUUUAUCAUACUAAUUAAAGAUAUCAGGGAAAGGAAAUCACGCAAUGCACAAGACAAAACGAAAUGCAAAAAAUUACUCCUGUCCUGCCCCUUUCGCCCGCAUUCCUCUC